AUGUUUGCUCGCACCAAAAGGCCUCGAGUUGCUAUCUUAGUCAUGAGUAAUAAAAUUGAUGAUGCCCUUUGUUAUUCUGUGGGCUCAGCCUAUCUAAGCGGACUGCCCGUGAUGGUAGCCGGCUAUGAAAUGCCGUACAGUGGGUUUUUAUCAAAGUUUGAGUUCAUGGAAACGGCUAUGGAUAAUGCGGGGAUGCAUCCAGAAGACGUGGCCAUUGUAAUGGAUUCAGACGCAUUCUUUACAGGUGCGGAUCUUAACCCGUUCCUGGAUCGAUUCCUCUCGCUCUCCGCCGCAACGCCAGAGGAGCUAGACGCGGUGGCGGUGCGGCAGGGCCGUGCGAUGGCACCGUUCAUAGCAAACGGUGAGGAUGACUGUUGGGCACCAAACGUAUUCAAAAGUGGUGAUGAAUGCCGAGCUGCUUUUGAACAGGCAUAUAUAAAGGUUCGUCAAUUCUCCGCGGCACACCCAGAACAUGAGCUUGGACUUCCUUUUGACCUAGUAGCGCAACGUCAGCUAAAUGCGGGUGUUGUGAUUACUCGUGUGUGGGCAUACAAGGAGUUGAUACAAAAGGUUCAUAACUUAACAAAAACACAAACACCAGCAUUAAAUGCUCAAAAAGGAUGGUUCUGCGAUCAAUCCAUCAUUACAAUACUCUACCUUGAUCUCUUGAAAUGGGAGGUCGAGCGGGACAUUUUUUCGAUGCCAAAGAAUGAGCGGCAGGCUGCACGGUCCACUUACGGUAUGCGUGCAGGGUUCAUUGGGCUAGACUAUGUCAAUGAGUUUACGACCUCUAACACGCUAAUAACAAUAUACCUUGUCGAAAUGCACGAUAAACACUGGACGAAGUACCUUCCAGUGGGCGGACCAGAACGCCCGCACUCGCACGGCAUAACUCGGUUCAAUCGAAUAGGCCGGUAUGUGGGUGACCUUUACAAGCGAGCGUACGCCGCACAUGGUGAGGGAAUUUACACGAGGCUUGCGGUGCCCAGGUGGGUUGGCGGGAAGAGGGCUUCCGGGGCGAACUACAUUAGCCUCACACCACCGCUGAUGGCGCUGAAGCUGAGGCCCAUAGACACAGUCAAACACAUGACGCGUCGUACGUUCCCGGGCAUUUUCCACGCAGCAGGCCUCGAUCCAGGUUUUACUAAGGUAACGCAAAUGGAGCUUGUCGCUAUCGGUGCGCGAUGGUUCGUGCCAAUGGCGCACGACCGAAAGGCAAAGCAUCAGGCCAUGAAGUACCUGGCAUCUGCACCACUGUUUCUAUCGACAAAUAACUCGAUCAUUCGAGACUCCUACUACGCCAAAUGUGGCUUUCCAUUUGAGGGAACAAUUGAAAAGGUGAAAGGUCUUUAA